AUUAAUUAUGUCGUGUUUCUGUAAUGUAGAGUGAGUUAAAUGCAGAUAAAAAUUUGGAAUAAUAAUGUGUUUUGUGUUUUUUUACAAAAAUUGAAGUGAAGUUUUAUGUAUUUCAUUAAUAAACUCUUGAAAUAGUUUUAUCCAGUGUGAAUAAUUGCUGUGUAUUGUAAAAAUUGUGUGGCGUCACCUGACUGGACUUAUUGUCAUUUCCCGCCAUUUGCUUUGCUGACUUCUAUUUAGAUGUAAUUUUCGGUACAGAAGGGCAUUGAUGUGGAAUAUUUCAUAACACAAAUAUUUUGUUAAAGUUAUGUCAUUAACCAGUAAUGAGUGUUUGUUAGAAGUAGAAGAUUACAACUUAUACGAAGAGGACGCACCCGAUCACGCUAUCACAAGAAGUGAUAAAUAUCUGCCAUCUGGAGGGAAAAAAAUGGAAGCAGAGAAAAGAAUUAGAAGAGAGAUUGCAAACAGCAAUGAACGUCGAAGGAUGCAAAGUAUAAAUGCUGGUUUCCAAGCAUUAAGAACAUUGUUACCAAGGCAUGAGGGUGAAAAGCUGAGUAAAGCAGCAAUUCUUCAACAGACAGCAGAAUAUAUUUAUUCACUUGAACAGGAAAAAACUAGACUUUUAUCUCAGAAUUGUCAGUUAAAAAGGCUAUUGAAUCAACAUGAGGGUGGAGAGAUACCUCUGAAGAAAAGAAAAAGUGAAAUUAUAUCUCAUGUACCAUCAAUAAUACCCGAUUCAACUGAUGAUAAAGCCAAAUCAAUAUCACCAGAACCUGUUGCAGUCAUAACAGUAUCAAGUGUUCCCCAGAAGAAGGAGACAGAUAACGGUGAAAUAAAAGUCCAGCUAGAACGUGAGAGACGAUUGCGUCGAUUGCUAGAAGAAAGAUUGAGUGCUCUUGAAGCUCAAAUAUAUCCUGAAGCUGAACAAGAAGUUGCACACACAGUUGUACAUUUUGAGCAGGAUGAUGUCCCUGAAUGUAAAGUUGAAUCAGAGGAACGUGAGAGCAGAGUUGAGGUUACAGCUGCUGCACCUCUUUUGGAAGCUGCUAUUAAAGCUGAACCUCGUGUUGAAGUGGAAGUCCUCCCUGAUGCAUCACAUGAUCACCCUUCAAGACUUUAUGUCGCUAGCACCAGCCGACAAAAUCUUGAAACAAUUGUUGAAGCCAUACGUCACCUGGAAGGUGAUCAUCUUUUCCGUGAAGAAUCUGGAGAUGCCCCACUUGCUUUAACUAAAAAACCUGAUCAAGCUGCUGUACUGCCUCAACGGCCAGGUGUCAUUGUUGUAAAGCAUUCGUGAUUGAGUUGAACUAGUCCUAUGGCUUAAUUUUUUUCCAUUUGAAGAGUGCUCCCGACCCUCCUCGAAUAUUAUUACUUCUCUUAGUUGUAUAUUGUCUUUUCCAAAGUGACAAAUUGAUAAGUCUGUUUUGUUUAUUUUUUUUAUAUUUUGGAGUAAAGAUGAAUGGAAGGUUAGGGAAUAGAUACACAUAGAUCGGCGCUGUGCUUAGUUUAGUCUCAAAUAUAAGAAAAUUAUUGAAUUUUUUAUUGCAGCAUUUAUGCAAUAAUUGUUAUAAUAUAAUUGAAUGGGUUGCAAUUGACACCAGUGAGUGCCACAUGUGUUGGUACUUUAUAGAUGGUUAAUGAAAUUAAUUUAAAUAGGAGUUUAAUUGAUAAAAUGAUGGAAGGUGAGUAUUCCAUACUAAGUAUAGAUACUUAGGCUGUGAUCUAAAGAGUGUAGUUAGACUGUGAUUACAUAAAACUUUGCUGAGUGUGAUAAAAUGGUAACUUUGGGCAUUGGGCUGUCUUAACUUAUGUUUAGCAUAAUAUCAUCUGUUAAAUGACUAGAAAAAAGAAAUAAAUGAUUAUGCUAAGCUUACACACAGCUAAGUUCUACGUAAGUUAAGUCUGAGCAAACACUCAGUAGAUCUCAGCCUUAGUGCUCAGUGUAAAUCAUUGGAAUAGUACUGUUGCAUUAUUAGACAAUAUCUUACGAGGUAUUGCAUGCAACCUUAUGCUUAGCUAAUAAUGUAGAUAAUAUAUUAAAACCCAGUGAAAGCUCCUCUUUUGCACUCCAGUGAUCUAGAUUAUAUAAUUGUGCACAUUGAGCAAGAAAAUGCAUUCCAUGCUAUUCUUACCAUACUGAUUAUUAUUCAUUAUCAUAGGGAAUCAUGAUAUAUAAGAUCUAAUAUUCUAUGUCUAAAUUUGUAAUAUUGCUUCGUAAGUAUUUAAUUAUUAAUCAAAUGUGACAUUUUAAGAAAUACUGUAGUGGAAAUUGAAAAAUUAUUAUAGAUAUUUAACAAUUUACAUACAAAAUUUGUAUUUGUGCCGUUCUCAACUCAUAAGAUAGCUAAAGUCCAAGAUUAAAUGGUGAUUUGAUCAUCUCUUGUGGAAAACAGUCUCAUUUCAUAUUAGUUGAUUUAUAUACUAAGAUAACAAUUUAUGAAACAGACACCAUGUUCCAUGCUUCUGGCAAUUACUUUAGUUUUAUAUAUUCUCAUAGAAGCAGUUACCCAAUUGGGUGAGACUUGAACAGCUUUUCAGUAGUCUGCUUGUAAAAUUAUUAAUGUUUGACUCAGCAACAGAGUGAUGUACAAUGUAUUAGGUAUGUAAUAGUGCCGUGGUCCCAUCCAUUUGUGGUGGGAUGUGAAUUUAUAAAGACUGAUCAUUAAUUCAUUGUUAAGUUACGCUAGUUGGAUCCAUGUUGGUAAUAUAAUUGUGUGUAUGUGUGUGUUGUCAUAGCUAGUCCUAGCUAUUAUUUAAUUAUUUAUGUGUAUUUUAAAAUUAAUGUUGAGCAUAAGAAUUUAACAAGUAUGUCCCAUAGUUUUAUUGAGAUUGUGAUUUGUGACAGCAAUAAUUGAUAUAGACAUUUGACAUCAUUAGUAUUAAUUAAAUUAUUCAUUUUAAUGUAAAUAAUCUCCAUACAACUGUUGGACAUUUGAUUUUUAUUAGUUGUAUUCAUUGUUAUUGUAAACUGAGGCAAUCAUAAAAGUCUCAAAGUCACAUGUCCAGGUAGAACAUAGAUUUUCCGAACCUACCAGUAGCGGGCUAUACUGCUGCUACUGCUAGCACUCUGUUCCUGAGUCUGUAUCUAUAAGAAGUCAUCUGCCUACCGCCUUUACCUUAUGUUAUUCUAAGAUAGUUAACAAUGUAAUAUAACAGUCUUGGUUAUACUAUUAGUGUAGUUAAAUAUCUAGAUGUAGGAAAAAGUCAAAGAAACAAGUUAAUUGUUUAUAAUGUGUUUUUAUUUAUGUCUUAAAGUAUUAUAAUGGUUAUUUCUUAUUAAUUAGUUUGUAUUAUGUCCAUAAUCAACAUAAUUUAGUGUUUUAUUUCUUGUACAUGCAUACUCAAACCAAUGUAACAAAAGAAAUAACAUCAGUGAAAUACACUGUUGAUUGACCACCUACUUGUUUCUGUCGAUUUUAAUAUCAAUAUUUCAACAAAAUGUAGCAUUUACUCGGUUUAAAUAUUUGUUCAUUUUUAUUGGUUCUAUGAUUUUUUCUACACUUAUGUCAUGUUAUAGAAUAAUAUAAUAGUGACAAUGAUCACAUAGUGUUAUACCAUGUAAUGUAUGUCAUUGACUGCAUGAUUAGUUUGAUGAAAAUGGAUAUAGUAAUACUUAUCAGUUUAUGGAGUCAUUAAUAAGAGAUAAAGGGAAAAUAAUACAUGGGUAAUGUAUUGACCUAUUAAUAUCAAUAAGUUGGGGUGAAAAAUAUUUGCCAUAUUUUCCCUUUUUCCCUUGGAGACUCAGUUCCUAUACAUUCUAGAUAGUAAUUAUGGAAGUAAUAAUUUUACACUUUAUAGGAUUACUAAUGAUAAAGUGUAGAAAAUGAUGCAUGAGUGUUUCCUUUUUUAUAUGAAAUUGAUAAAAAUAUUUCCUCUUGGUUUUAAUUGUACCACAUUUGACAAACAUUUACGAAUAUUUAUAAAAUAUUGAUA